AUGAAUCCCGCGGCUGCCUCCCGCCCCGCUGGCCGGCGGCCCGGCGCCCUGCCGCGGCUGCUGCUGUCGUCUGCGGCGCGGACGCUGCUAUGGCUCGGUCCCGUGUACCUGGCGGGGUACCUGGGGCUGAGCGGCAGCUGGGUGCUGCUUGGGCUGGCGCUGUGGCUGUGCUGGGGACACAACCGGCGACGGAAGCGCGACCGGCUGGCUGCCGCUUUCGCGCUGCUGGAGGACGAGCGGGAGGCGGUGUGUCAGGGCCUGGCCGCCCGGCACCUGCCGGCUUGGGUUCACUUCCCUGAUGUUGAACGAGUGGAGUGGCUGAACAAGAUCCUUGUACAGGCUUGGCCAUACUUUGGGACAAUCAUGGAGAAAACAUUUAAAGAAGUCCUUGAACCAAAAAUCAGAGCAAAGCACAUGCACCUGAAAACGUGCACCUUUACCAAGAUUCACUUCGGCGAGAAGUGCCCUAGAAUCAAUGGAAUAAAAGCCUACACCAAAGAAAUCAAUAGGAGACAAGUUAUCCUAGACCUGCAGAUAUGUUACAUAGGAGACUGCGAGAUUCACAUGGACAUAUCGAAAUUUAAUCUUGGAGUGAAAGGCAUACAGUUGUAUGGGACGCUGCGGGUGAUACUGGAACCUCUUCUAACUGAUGCACCAUUUAUUGGAGCAGUGACCUUGUUUUUUAUGCAGAAACCGCAUUUGGAAAUCAACUGGGCAGGAAUGAGCAACCUCCUGGAUGUCCCAGGCAUUAAUGUAAUGUCAGACUCACUCAUUCAAGACUUCAUUGCUUCACGACUGGUCCUACCCAACAGGGUCACAGUACCUCUGAAAAAGAACAUGACCAUUGCCCACCUGAGGUUCCCUAUCCCACAUGGAGUAAUAAGGGUUCAUCUGCUAGAAGCUGAAAACCUUGUCCAGAAAGACAGUUUCCUUGGUGCAAUCAGGGGGAAGUCUGACCCAUAUGCUCUUCUUCGCGUUGGCACGGUGCAGUACCGAAGCAAGACAGUUUCCCGAGAUCUUAAUCCCAUUUGGAAUGAGACAUUUGAGUUUGUGGUUCAUGAAGUGCCUGGUCAGGACUUAGAAGUGGAUUUAUAUGAUGAAGAUCCAGAUAAAGAUGACUUUAUGGGCAGCUUGCUUAUAAGCCUCGUGGAUGUAAUGAAUGACAGAACUGUUGAUGAGUGGUUUCCCUUAAGUAAGACAACAAGUGGACACUUGCAUUUAAAACUGGAGUGGCUUUCACUAGUAAAUGACCAAGAAAAGCUGCAUGAGGAUAAGAAGGGUCUGUCUACAGCUAUUCUAAUAGUCUACUUGGACAGCGCCUUUAACCUUCCAAAAAACCACUUUGAAUAUUCGAAUGGUGACUGUGGAGCAAAGAAGAUCAAAAAUAACAAGUACCUCAAGAAGAUGGAGCGAGAACCUUCCUCCUUUGUUCUGCUUACAGUAGGAAACAAGACUCAGAAAAGUAAGACCUGCAAUUUCAGCAAAGAUCCCACGUGGGGCCAGGCUUUCACCUUCUUUGUCCACAGUGCCCAGUCCCAGUCACUCCAUGUUGAGAUAAAAGACAAGGAUCGGGAUAGUGCCCUGGGUACAUCAGUGGUAUGCCUCUCACACUUACUGAAGGACCCAAACAUGACUCUGGAUCAGAGAUUUCAGCUGGACCAUUCCAGUUCAGACAGCUUCAUUAAGAUGAAACUUGUGUUGCGGGCUUUCAACGUUGAAGAACCCGAUCCGCAAAGGGUCAAGGUUGGUGUUAAUGUCUCAAAGCAUGGCCCCGUGCGUGUUGUGGAGAAGGGUGGAAACCACCAGAAGUCUGCCUCCACACUGCAACCAGAAGUCUCAAAAGUACCCCCAGUGAGCAAAGACUCUGCAGCACUUGAAUCCCUGCCAAAACAGGACAGCAGGGAAGACCUGGACACAAAUGGCAGUUCAGCAGCACCAAGUGAAACUGCUGCCAGCCUUAAUGAAACAGAGCGGGAGCAAAAUGCAGAGCAUCACCCAGCAGCAGCAUUGCAUACCAGAGCUGCAGUAGUGCCCACGCUGCCAGUCGUGCAGGAACUGAGGAUUGCACCCAGCGUCACUUCCCUGGGCUCUCUGCCUUCUUCUUGCUUUGAAUUAAGUAGCAGCAAUCUGGACCUUCAUAAUGGGACAGAAAUGCCUCUGGGAGAGAUCCAGCUGACCGUGCGAUACGCUUCAGUACGGCAGAGUCUGGUUGUGCUGGUGAACGGCUGCAGAAACUUAGUGCCCACUUCCAAUCGUGGAGUUGAUCCAUACGUUCGUAUAUACCUGCUUCCGGAUAGAAGGUGGUCAAGCAGGAAGAAGACUUCUGUUAAGAAAAAAACUCUGAACCCCCAAUAUGAUGAAAAGUUUGAAUUCUUUGAAUCUUUGGAAGAUGUAAAGAAAAGGACGCUGGACAUUGCAGUGAAAAACAGCAAGCCAUUCAUUUCCCAGGAAAGGAAGGAGCUGGGGAAAGUGCGGAUUGACUUGUCACAGGAGGACUUAAUAAAAGGCUUUGCACAAUGGUAUGAGCUGACAAGGAGUAGACGCAAGAAAAACUGA